GUUGCUACGCAAUUCUUGACGUCACAUCAAUGGAAACACCACUCAACGAUUUUAUUUCUCAUUCUCAGAUUAAUUAAAAACUUCGAACAUAUUUAUCAAAAAGAGAAUUAACGCAAGGACGCCCUUGAAAAAGGGUUCGGCUAAAUUAAAGGGGUGGGAAGCCCGCUUUGAGGGCAGUGCCGGAAUUAUGCAAUGGGACGAAAGUUCAUCUGAUAGCGACGGCGCGGAAGUGGCCUUUCAGUUGAACCCGUGUAAAAUUCUCAACCAGUUGCGACAAUCCGGCCAGUUGACAGACGCCUUGAUUAAAGUAGAAAACCAAAGCUUCCCCAUUCACCGCGCCAUCAUGUCCGCAUGCAGCCCAUACUUCCGGGCUUUAUUUACGAACGAAUUGUUCCACACCGACAGACGGGAAGUCGUAAUUCCGGGCGUCUCCGCCGACAUAAUGAAAAUGAUUAUCGACUACGCAUAUACGCUAAAGAUCAAAGUCCGACCUGAUAACGUUGAGGCCCUCUUGCCGGCUGCGGAUCAAUUUAACGUCAUGGGCGUGGUUAAAGCAUGCUGCGACUUUUUGACCUCCGAACUGACCCCUGAAAACUGCAUCGGCAUUUACAAAUUCGCGAAGGCCUACUUCUGUCACAAUCUCGAGCGCAACAGUUUCCGGGUGCUAAUGCAAGACUUUAUCACCGUUGCAAAAGAUAGCAGUGAGUUCCUGCAACUGACCGCCAACGAACUUUGCGACAUUCUCUCACACGACGAACUUAAUGUCCGCAACGAAGAGCUGGUCUUCGACGCCGUACUACGCUGGAUCGAUUGGGAGCCCGAGCGUCGCAAGAGUUCGAUCCCUAAACUGAUGCGCUCCAUCCGUCUCGGUCUACUGACCACGCAGUAUUUCGUGGAGAAAGUCAAGACGCACCCCUACGUGAAGGAGUCAGACGAGUGUAAGCCAAUCAUCAUCGAGACCCUCAAAUUCCUCUAUGACCUUGACAUGGAAGAGGAUAAAGCGGUCGACCUCACCAGCCCGCUUGCCCGACCACGCGUCCCACACGAGCUGCUCUUCGUCGUCGGCGGCUGGAGCGGGGGAUCGCCGACGAACAUCGUAGAGACAUACGACACGCGCGCCGACAAAUGGGUCGUGUCUGACGCCAUGGACACGGGCCCAAGAGCUUACCACGGGACCGCUUGUAUUGGUCACAUGAUCUACAUCAUUGGAGGUUUUGAUGGCAUGGAGUAUUUUAACAGCGUCCGCUGUUUUGACGCCAUCAAUAAAACCUGGUCAGAGGUAUCACCAAUGAACGCGAAAAGGUGUUACGUCAGCGUCACCUUGCUGGACGGCCUGAUCUACGCCCUGGGCGGAUAUGACGGCCACACCAGACAGAGCUCCGCCGAGCGCUAUUUCCCCCGGAAGAACCAGUGGUCGCUUAUCCAGCCCAUGAACCAUCAGAGAAGCGACGCCAGCGCAGCGUGUCAUGAUAACCGGAUCUACAUCUGUGGCGGUUUCAAUGGGGCGGAAUGCCUGAGUCACGCCGAGUGCUACGAUCCCCGGGCCAACCAGUGGACCAUGCUCACACCUAUGAGGAACCGACGGAGCGGCGUCGGGGUCAUCGCCUACAGAGACCACAUCUAUGCACUGGGAGGUUUCAAUGGGAUAUCACGGAUGAAUUCCGGCGAGCGUUUAAACCCCGUCACAAACACGUGGACACCUGUUGCUGAUAUGUACAGCCCACGCAGUAACUUCGCUCUCGAGGUGCUUGACGACAUGAUCUUUGUUAUUGGAGGCUUUAACGGCAUGACGACUAUUUUCAACGUGGAAUGUUAUGACGGAUGUACGGACGAAUGGUACGAUGCUUCCGACAUGAACAUCUACAGAAGCGCCCUCAGCGCAUGCGUGGUUACCGGCCUGCCCAACAUCCUCGAUUACAUCAGUACGGACCGUGAAACAGAGCGCGGAAGGAAGUCGCGGCUCCAUACCGCCAAAUUGAACGAAUAGACGAGAGUUUUUGUGAAAAGAUUUUGUCUUCUUAAGUAAAGCGAAAUCCUGUGGUUUUUUAUUCCGCAAAUGUGAGAUAUACAAGUUCCGUUUUAUUUGGACUCUUUUUGUUGCUAUGCUAAAAUAAAUAAAGAUCGAAACCAUA